UUUAUCAGAGAAAAUGUGCUUCAACAAAAAUCUGUACUGCUGUAGAAAGUUAAUAAUUGUCUUAAAAUCAAAAUGAGGACAUGGGGGAUUACAGCGAGCACACAAAUCCUCAUCUGUUUCAUCUCGGAAGUAUCGUCAAUGGGAAACAGCACACCAUUGUUUAAUUCCAUGGGUGCUGGAGAAGAAAUCUCAUGUCAAAAUAAUUCUGUAGCAAACUUCAAUCAACCAAGUAGAAAUGAAGCUGGGUCUAAAGCCAGCAGCCACCACAUUCCUUCAAGUAUUGCAAAAAAAAACACGGACUGCAGCGUGCCAUGUGGGAUACGAAGAAGAAUGUCCAAAAAAGAAAAGAAUUAUAUGUGCAGAAAUUUGCAUGCGACUAUUGUUUCAUACACAAGAAACACCAAGAAACUUAUUCGAAAUAUGAUGGAAGAUCAGCAACAAUCCCUGGACAACCUUGCAAACCAGGUGAGGGAACUGAUGAACAGAGUCCUUCUUUUGGAUUCACACUUUCUGGCAACCAAUACUGAGCAAUUUCCUACCAGACCAGUGCAGUCACAUGGAUUUGACUGCACUGAUAUUAAGGACACUGUAGGCUCUAUAUCUAGAACACCAAGUGGAAUCUACAUAAUACAACCAGAAGGAGCUGAUUACCCAUUUGAGGUGUUCUGUGAGAUGGACUACAUGGGUGGAGGCUGGACUGUGUUUCAGAAACGGAUUGAUGGAACUAUUGACUUUGAACGGCCUUGGGCAGAGUACAUGGAUGGCUUUGGUGACCUUACUGGUGAGUUCUGGCUCGGGUUAAGAAAUAUCUUCCAUAUAGUGAAUCAGAAAAACACCAAGUUCAGUCUUCUUGUGGCCUUCGAAUCAGAUGAUGAAAGCACAGCUUAUGCAUCUUAUGAAGAUUUUUAUAUUGAUGAUGAAAAUGAACAGUUCAAAAUCCACUUUGGACAUUUUACUGGAACUGCUGGGGAUGCUUUUCGAGGGUUUGGAAUGCAGGAUGAUCAGAAUGGAAUGCUGUUCAGUACUUUUGAUCGUGACAAUGAUGGUUGUAAAUCACAGUGUAAUAUAGAAGCAAAGUCUGUUGACAACUGCAGUGUUUAUCAGAAUAAAACUGGCUGGUGGUACAAUCAAUGUGGCCUGGCCAACCUGAAUGGGGUUUACCCAGUGACUGAAAAUUCACUUACUUCCCAUAUUCGUUGGGAGACGUGGAGACAAAAUGGGGUGCCAAUCAAGAUUAAGUCAGUUUCAAUGAACCUCCUGCGAUGUCGUCCACAUUUGUAGGUGUGGUCAACCUGCCAUUGUCUAAGAUUCUGAACUUCAAAAAUGAUUAUUGAAUGUUGUAUUCAUAUUAACACAAUCUUUAACAGCUCUAAUUUUUAUUGUUUUGAUUUCAUUUUUAGGAGUGGCUAUUAUCCUAUAUGUCCUAUAUAUUUCACAUUGUAAACCAAUAUACUGCUAAUACUAAUAGUAAUCACAAUUAUUCACCAUGCACUCGUUUUUUAAUUCUUUUAUAUAUGACCAUUUUACAAGCAAUUUAUUAAUAACAAUGCGCUAAUCAAUAAAUACAUGAAACUGAUUAAGAUUGCAAAUCUAUAAAUUCUGUGAUAUUUAUAGAACUGGAAAGGAUUAAAUAUAUUGAGCUCUG